UAGGGAUUUUCAUUUUUCCUUGUUGGAUCUGGAACCCUAAAAAUAAAGCAGAUGAUGUUCUUCUUCAUCCGAGCACGCAUCAUCCAAAUUCAAUAAAAAAAACCAAACAAACAAACAAAAGAAGGUUUGAUUUUGAUUUUUCACUAUCAAUCAUAUAUUUCAUUUCGUGGAUUCCCCAACUUAUUGCUACUUCUAGCCUUAAUUUCACCUCCCGAUAUGUCUUUGUUUUGUUUUACAUCUUCAGCUCUAAAUUGGAAGUGAUAGAGUAAAUACCCAGAUAUUAUCUCUUGUUUAUUUCUUGGGUUUUCCUUCAUUUUCGAUACUGCGUUGUGCAGAUACUUGGUCUGCUUCAAACAUGCAUGCUAGACAUAGAACCGCUGGGAAUGACUAUAGGUCUAAUUCUAUGGCGAUGGGGGUUUCCGCCUCCCGGAUAUCCCCUGAAACAUCGGGUAGAGGCCAUGGGUUUUACAAUUCAGAGUACCGCAACUUCAAGCGAGGUUUUGGGCGUGGUCAAAGCCACCCGAAAUCGUUUCAACCGCAUCCGCCCCCAGCACGCGAAGGCACUGACAUAUUUAUGGAAGCUGGCCGUCUUGCGGCGGAAUAUUUGGUCUCUCAGGGGUUAUUGCCCCCAACUGUGCUACCUGCUAAAUGGCAGAACGGUAGGUUGAAGAAGCAUAUGGGGGAUUAUCAAGACUAUAGGUCACAAGAGGGAGAUAACUUGCACGUUCCCUAUGAUGGCCGAACAUCGGCACUUGCUCGUCUGAGAAAUGCUAAUUCUGAUUUGGGUCCAGGCAGGAGGAAGUACCUUGAUGAUAAUAACUCCACAUGGUCUAAAAAUCUUUCUAAAGGAAGAAGGAAAGAGGGAUCUUACCGGGGUCGAGAAUAUGGGGGAAGUGGGUCAUGGUCUGAUCGGAUUCGGGGUUCUCCUGACUUGGAGAUUGAUGAUGAUAAUGUUUCUGGACUUCAAGAAGAGCCACAGGCUGGUAAAGAUAUUGGUAAUGGAUUGCAGAAGUCUGUUUCGAACGAGUUUGCUCCUAAAGGUGAAGAAUUAGAUAACUUUGAUGUUAAGUACAAUCUAGAGGAUGAAUUGAGCUUAAAGGCAAGUUCUUCUGGUGCCGAGAAAGAUCUAAAGUCUGAAACUGAUGGAGAACUCCAGAAGAGAUCGGAUGAAUCAAUGGGUUUUAGAGCUGAGGCUGGAGAGCUGAAGGAUGGCGGCAAUGGUAAUGUUGAAACUGAAGAGGAGGGUAUCUUGAAGGAUUCAUCUUUCAAGCAUUCUUCCACAGCGGAUGAUGUCUCGGGGAAGACUGGUGCAGAUUUACUGGCCCUCUGCAAAUUUGCUAAGGUGCCUACUAAAACACGUUCUUCCUUGACAUUGAAGAACUUAAAACCGGACUCAGUUUCAACCAUUGAGCAGGAAGGUGUUUCUGAUUUUGAAACUCCAAAUGUUCCUCAAGCCUUGCUUGAAGACAACUCCCUGGGAGGUUCCUCUGGUGAUCUGCUAUUAAAUAAAACUCAGGAUUCGAAACCUGAUUCUGAACUUUCGAAAGACAUGUCAGUUCAUUCUUUUGGCUUGGAUCACAUGUAUGGUGUUGAGCAGGGUAAGUGUACAAGGUCUCAGUCUUUCCCAGAUAGAGUCCUAUUGCAUGACACUGAGGAGGAAUUGGCUCAGGAGAUGCCUGGACUCCAAAGAUCCUGCUCUAUGGUUGUAAUUGAAGAGAGAGGUGAAAAACGAGGUUUGGAGCAGAGUGAUUUGAGGGAGGGAGCCAAAAAGCCAAGAGAAUGGCUUCAGCCUGUGACUACAAAGGCUGAGUUCCUGCCCUUUUCUGAUUUUGAUGAUAAGAAAGUAGGCUCAGUAGAAGGGACAGCUUCGCCUUCUGAGAAAGUUGGUGUGAUUGUAGAACGAGGGAUCCAAGACAGCUUGGUUACUACUUCAAGUUUUCCUGAUGGAGAUGGUGAAUCAAGUGUCAGUUAUGUACAAGAAAAACAGCUUUUUCCAAAUGCAUUCAAGAUAUGUGACCUUAAUCUGAUGGAAGCGUCUGAUAUAAAUGAAAGUCAUCAUAAUGAUCCAAUUAUUAUGUACUCCUCCACUUCAGAAACCAAAAGUGAAGCAGCAACAAUUGAUAUUGAUUUGUCAAUGAGUAACUCCAACUCUGGUGGUGGUAAUAGGCAUACAAGUAACUGCAAGGAGAUUGAAGUAAUUGAUCUAGAGAAUGAUUGCACCCAAGAAGACAAGGCUGUUGAUACUUUGGAGAGGAAGAGUGAACCAAUGUUUGUGAGCAUGAAUGGUGAUAUGACUGAUGUACCGGAUCAAUAUGAUGGGCUUAUGAUCACAGAGUUCCUCCAAAAUUUUUCCAAUUGCCCCCCUGAUGAUAUAAAUGCUCACCCUCUACAAAAUGAAAGCAUUAACAGUCUGCAGACUGAGGACAUCAAUCCUCUGCAGAAUGAGAUGGGCCUACAUAAUGGAGAGGGAACUCUUGCCGAUGACGACUCGAUAUAUAUGUCCCUGGGGGAAAUACCAUUAAGUGCUAAGAUGUGUGGUGGGGAAAGUUACCUCCCAUAGGAGGCUUUCUAAGAGCUUUUUGCCAGCAUGGGAGCAACCACCAUCCCAGGGGUAUGAAAAGCCAUUCUGAUUCUACAAUUGUGCAAAAUAUGCGAAGAAAUUCUGCGUAGUAUGUUUACAUUAGUCACUCAUUGUUGUCUGUUCCAUCCUAUUGCAAGUUGCUUUUGAAUUUAUGCUUGUAUAUCUCUGCUGCUGAUAGGAAUUUACGACAUGGUGAAUGCGUUUCUUUCAUUUGGCUGUUGCACUACAUCACAAAAGGAAAGAAAGUUCAUCAUGUUCAUUUCUAAAGUAUAUUUCUUCUCCUUUUUUGCUUGGAUUGGAUUGAGAUCUAGAAUGAUAUUCAAGUAAUCUACUGAAAGUCUAUGCUGCCAA